ACUCUCUCCCCUCUUGACCUUUGACCCCCACAGCUCUGCCGCUUCACCACCCCCAUGCCCCACCUGGCGGUCUACUCGGGCCUGGCCGACUCCCCCUCCACCAACGCCUCGUCCUCCCUCUCCAUCCUGGCCCACCCCCCGGCCUGCCCGUCCCCCAUCAGCGUGGCGCUGGACAGCACCUCCGCCUCCGAGCGGCGAGCGGAACCGGGCGAAGCGGACCGGGACGGCGAGGUCCGGACCCCCGGCGAGGGCAACGCGUGCAAGUCCAAAAUGGCGCUGUUCCUGCGGCGGCUGCUGAGGCGAGGAUGCGGGCCGUCCGCCGUCUUCGCCAGCCUGUCCCCCAAAUGCAACUCGGCCGCCGGGUCGGGGGGGCGGAUCCAGCCCAUCAGCCCGGACCUGACCAGCCAGGCCCCGCCCAGGAGGGUCGGCAAUUUCUUCCAGAUCAAAGUGGACAUCCCCCCGGAGUGCCGCAUCUACCCCAUCGAGUCCGAGGACGAGGAGGACGAGAACCGAGCCGCUCUCGGGGCCAAGGAGAUCAUCUGCCCCUGGGAGAGCCUCACUUCUCAGAACGGGACCGGCUAA